AUGACCCGCCGUGCCCUCAGCCCACACGCCCAGAGUCGUGCCCACGCCCUCCGCCCAACCCUGGGAUGGGUUGUGGCGUGGGUGGUGGUGGGCGUGGUGGCGCCCACGUGCCACGCCAACCCGGACGCCAAGCGGCUCUACGACGACCUCCUCAGCUCCUACAACCGCCUCAUCCGUCCCGUGCAGAACAACACGGACACCAUCACCGUCUGGAUGAGGCUCCGUCUCUCGCAACUCAUCGACCUGAAUGGUAAAAACUAUUAUAUAAAUAUACAAUGUACCAAUUUAUAUAUCCAACAGGAAUGGCGCGACCACAAGUUCCACUGGGACCCCGACGAGUACGGGGGGGUCAGGGAGCUUUACGUGCCCUCUGAGAUCAUAUGGCUGCCGGAUAUUGUCCUCUAUAACAACGCCGACGGAGAGUACAUCAUCACCACCAUGACAAAGGCCGUGCUACACCACAACGGGAAGGUGGUGUGGUCUCCCCCAGCCAUCUUCAAGUCCUCGUGUGAGAUCGACGUCAGAUACUUCCCCUUCGAUCAGCAGGAGUGCUUCAUGAAGUUCGGAUCCUGGACCUAUGACGGGUAUCAGAUUGACCUGAAACACCUCGACCAGCGGCAAGGAGCUGACCACGUCGAGGUGGGCAUCGACUUGAGGGAAUAUUAUCCUUCAGUCGAGUGGGACAUCAUGAGAGUGCCGGCGGUGAGGAAUGAGAAGUAUUAUCCAUGCUGUCAGGAGCCGUAUCCUGACAUCUACUUCAACAUCACGCUCCGCCGCAAGACGCUCUUCUACACCGUCAACCUCAUCAUCCCCUGCGUCGGGCUGGAGUACCUCUCCGUGCUAGUGUUCUACCUCCCGGCGUACUCCGGAGAGAAGGUGGCCCUCUGCAUCAGCAUCCUCCUCUCGCAGACGAUGUUCUUCCUCCUCAUCUCGGAGAUCAUGCCUUCCACGUCCCUGGCGGUGCCGCUCCUGGGGAAGUACCUCCUGUUCACCAUGCUGCUGGUCGGGCUCAGCGUCGUCGUCACCAUCAUAGUGCUCAACAUACAUUAUCGGAAGCCCUCCACGCACCGCAUGGCGCCCUGGGUGAGAAAGGUUUUUAUAGACAAGCUUCCGCUGCUGCUCCUCAUGCGCGUGCCGAAGAAGGGCGAGGUCGAGGGCGAGAGGCAAGAGCCCGGCGGAGGAGUGCCACGCGAGAACGGAAAUGGCACCAGCUUGAGGGAGAGGAUUCGGGACACGCAGCAGUUCCCAGGCUCGUCCUACAACGGGCUCCGUCCCCCUGGCGGCGGCGGUGGCGGAGGCGGAGGCGCGGCGGCGGGGGCAUGCGGGGGAGCUGCCUCGGGGGGGCGGCCGACGGGGACCCUCGACCUGGACGGCGACGACCUGACGGGCAGCCCGGGCAUGUCUGGCGGGUCGUCCCGGUACGACACCCGCUUCGGCGACCUGCCCGAGUGCUUCCACAUCUCCCACGAGGAGCAGGCGCGCUACCCCUCCGAGAUCCAGCGCGCCAUCCAGAACGUCAAGUUCAUCCACUUCCACAUGGUGCAGCAGGACAAGUUCAACGAGGUAGGAGACGACGACUGCUUCGUCGCCAUGGUCCUGGACAGACUGCUGCUGUGGGUCUUCGGCCUCACGUCUGUGGUGGGGACGGUCGUGAUCCUCUGCGAGUCGCCCUUCCUCUACGACUCCACAGACCCGGUCGACAUGCUGUUCAGUCAGGUCGGGCGGACGUUGCGAGGGGAAGACCUGGACAUGUAGACGCGAGGGGAGGCUGCCGCGACUCAGCGCCGGCGACGGGAAGGCGGGGAAGAGGACGGCGUAGACUAUUUCGCGCAUUUCGUGUUUAGGUGCGUCUGUGUGCGCGCGCGCGUGUGGGGUGACUGCGCGGGUGUGUGUGCGUGUGCGUGUGGUUUAUCUGCGUAUCGUAGAGCUUCACCUAGGAAAGUUGGAGUAAUUUUGUGUCCGAAGAGGUGUUGUUUUUACCUUGAAUUACCGCUCAAUAGACAAGUAUAACUUGAGGUAACAGUGUGUAGUGCAGAACCUCGAGUUCUAUAAAUAAAACGAAAAAAAACAAUGAUGGCUUUGACUUUGACGGAAAAGAAAAAAGAGCCACGUGUUUUCAAUGAAAGGAGUGCUAUAUUUUUAAGGCGCAAUUGAUCUAUGUAGAUAUACGCAAAUAUAUGUAUAUAUAUAUUUGACAGAAAUGAAAAAAAUGAUACUAAUAAAUCAUUCAAAUUACAUGAAAACGACACAAAACAAUCAUAUUGUGAUCAUUUUUAAAUUCAUAACCGACACGAAUCGACGAUCUUCCAAUUGUGCCAAAAUACGAAAAAAAACAAAGACAAAAUAAAAUAACGAUAAUAAAAAAAAACAAUACCUGACACUGCUCAAUUGACCCUCACAGCAGACGUUGAUAAUGCCAUUUCUGCUCGUUUCUACGCCAGGAAAUCGGACUUACGUAUUCACCUUCCAAGGCUGACUUUGGGCAGAGCUGAGUGUCCUGCUCUGGAGACUGUGCAGAGACACUCGAAAGACACGACUGCUUCACCAUAAGCCAGAGGUGGUCGUAUUUGUGCGUGCGUGUGUGUGCCAGGUUGCAAUUAGCGUAGUGUGCAUAGCCAUGUUGCAGAUGCAGAGGCAGAACGGAUGGCCAUAUCGCUCCGAGGUCGAGUAAAGAAAGGCGAUUUGAGAUUCGUAAGUUAUUUUCUCUUCUUCUUUUCACUUCUCAUUCCCUUUUCUUUGUCUUUUUUCUUUCUGGCCUUCUCUCUUCCUCCUUCCCCUCUCGUAUUCCACGUUAUCAUCCUCAUCA